UAGCCCCAAAAUCAGAAGAGAAAAAUGGAGAAGCCAGCAGCAACGGGAUGCUACAAGUGUGGCCGACCUGGCCACUGGUCACGUGACUGCCCUUCCUCCGCUCCCGAUUCCAACCCAAACCCAAACCCUAACCCUAGGCCCGCCAAUCCCAAUUCCUCCUCUUAUGCUUUCAAGAACAGUACCGGUCCCGGAGCCGGAGCUUCCAAAGGGAAAAAGGUCUCGGCUCCGAAGACUCGGCCGAAGCUGACCCCGGAGCUGCUUCUCUCCGACGAUGGCCUCGGGUACAUCCUCCGCCAUUUCCCUAAAUCCUUCAAGUACCGCGGUCGCGGACAUGAGGUUAGGGAUUUGGGGAACCUAAUUGGGUUGUACACAGAGUGGCACUCUCGUUUGCUGCCGUAUUACUCAUUCGAUCAGUUUGUGCAUAAGGUGGAACAAGUGGCGGCCACGAAACGAGUCAAGAUGUCUCUUAGAGAAUUGAGAGAAAGAGUGGCCAGUGGAGGAGACCUAACAAAGUUGCAUGAACCGCCAGUUAUUGAAGAAGACAUUCCAAAUGACGAACACGAAACUUUAAACCCUGAGAGACCAUCUGAUCACCAGAAAGAUCCAUCUUCAGGGAACCAUGAUGAUGAUUUUAUGCAGGAAGAUAUGCUUAACGAAAUUUACGAGAAAGCCACUGAAGAACCACCAUUGCAGUGUGAUAUGGUCACUGCUAGCAUAUCUGCACCAGAUAGUUUUCAGAAAGAUUUAACAACACAGUUGCCAAAUACAAAUAAUGAAGUUGGUGAUUCCAGUGAAAAUCAGAUGACAGAUGAACAGAGAGCCAGAAUGGAAGCUAGCAGAUUGAAGGCACUUGAGAAAGCUGCAGCUAGGCGCCGCCAAUUGCAGGUGGCCUGAAGUUCCUUUGUGUUAAAUUAUUGUUGAGAUGUUUUGGAUGAUAAUUGUACACUUAUGGUUAUACACCAUCAGGCAUAAUGUAAUUUCUUGUUGUGCCCAUUUAUGAGUAUGAUAAAAGUUUUUAUUUUUCA